GUCAAGAGAGGAUGCUGUGGCACUGCUCUCCCUGGCACUGCUCUCCCUGGCACUGUGCAUCCCUCACUACCACCAUCCUUGUGACUCAGUAACCAUCGACAAGUCACUCUGCCUCCACAACAUCCUGAUACACACACCAACUUAAUCUAAAUUAAAUUAUCAAGAAAAGAACUUAGGUAUAACUUCUAAAUUGAACAGAUCCUUAAAAACUGUUAGUGCGACAUUGACAGUGUUGAUGGUGGUACAGUGUCCUCGGGAUAGUGUUCACAGGCCGCGUAAUGACUCACGAUAAUAGCGCACAUAACAACACGAUUGUAACCAAACCACGGAACGGAUGGGGUUUGAACCCAUGAGUCGUAAAACUUCCUGACUUUGGUUAAUGAACUACAAGCAGCUAAUGGGAAUUGUAACAGGGAAGUGAAUGUUUUUUUUUUUUUAUGAUUCUGGUCUCUCUUGUCAGGUGAAGACGGUAUAUGCAAAUGAGCCAUUAACUCCAUGCAACUGAGUCAAGUUGUUGUUGCUAUGAUCCCAGACACUGUUGCAUGACCCUACCUCCUUCACUCUCCACAUUUCUCCAACACUUGCGCCACCAGCAACAUGGACAACCAGAGGUUAGCAGACUUCAGCAGCAAUGUGUCUGAGAGCAAUUUCCUGCUGGUGAACAAGACUUGUGGGAGCGGCAACGCUACUGACUUCCUCAAUGUUAGUAAUCUGUAUCCUCUGGACCUGGCUAUGCCACUCUAUGGGUACGCUAUGCCAGUGUUGCUACUGGUGACUACUGUGGCCAACACUAUCAUCGUGGCUGUUUUAUGGCAGCAUCACAUGCGAUCUCCAACAAAUGCGGUGCUCAUGGCUAUGGCGCUCUCAGACAUGCUCACUGUGCUCUUCCCAGAGCCCGUGUUCUUCUACAUGUACACUCUGAACAACCACGCUAAGCCCCUCUAUCCCCAGGCUGCUUGCUACGCCUGGGGCUUCUUGCACGAGGACAUCCCUAACUUGUUCCACACGGCUUCCAUCUGGCUGACGGUGGCCCUGGCGGUACAGCGGUACAUCUACGUGUGUCACCCUCCUGUGGCUCGCACCUGGUGCACGCUACCCCGUGUUAUCAAGGCUAUCAUCUGGAUCUUCAUCUUUGCCACCAUCCACCAGGCGCCAAAAUUCUUCGACACAGUGUACGAUUCCACAGAAGUUGAAUGGCAGGGCGAGUGUGUGUGUGUUUGUAGCGAGAGAUUCAGUGACUGGGUGACGCAGAUCACUCCAAACAUCUACUUUCCGAUCUACUUCUGGUUCCGGGUGGUGUUUGUGCACCUUGGUCCGUGUACACUGCUCGUAGUGCUUAACCUUCUCCUUUUUAGCGCUUUAAAAGAGGCGCAGAAGCGCAGGAAGAAACUUCUACACGACAAGAACUCAAAGAGGGAGUGCAAGAAACUGAGUGACUCCAACUGUACCACACUGAUGUUGAUAGCUGUGGUGUCAGUGUUCCUGGUGACAGAGAUUCCCCUGGCAGUAAUCACACUCCUUCACAUCAUCUCCAACAUGGGCAUCGUUAUAUUCUCCAACGAUUCCUACUACAUGCUCAUGUAUUUCUUCAUCAUCUCCAAUUCCUUCAUCAUAUUCUCCUACCCCAUCAACUUUGCCAUCUACUGCGGCAUGUCGCGACAGUUCAGAGAAACGUUCCACGAUCUCUUCUUUCACGGACGCGGUACACCGCGAAGGAGAGAUUCAACGCGCUACUCGACUAUCAACAGUCGCCCACGAACCAACCGUUCAUGUGCCUCGGAAACUGUCAUAUGAGGCACAGCAAUACCAGCUGAAGGCACUGAAUCAGCCCGACCUUCAUCUGGUUGCCAUCUGUUACCCAAGGUAUCUAAUACAACUCUUCUCCACAACGACACCUCUGUGGGUAGCGUCUUAGCUCCGGCAGCCGAGAAGCCGCCACAGGAGCACCAGAAAGACAUAUCCAAGAAGAUGGAACUCAUGGGCGACUCCACGGAAGAUAAUUAUCCUCUUGAGACCUUAGUGACUGGAAAACCAACGGAGAAAAUAUUACAUAAUACCGAACUCAAGAACGAAGACAAGAGCACAACGAAGGUAGACGGUGGUCGCAGCUUGGCCUCCGGCCUCAGAGUUCACUUCGAGAGUCCACCGCUCAGUAGCAGCCACAACAACAGCGCUCCAAUGUUCAACGAGACAGUGUUGUAAACAUCAGCCAUCGCUUAAUACAACACUCCAGAUA